GGCCUGGGGAGAUCCAACUAUCCGCACGGGUCAACGUGAGCUUAGGGAGAGAAAGAAGGCAAAGAAACGAGAAGUUGGAGAAAUAAAAAGACGAUAAACACAGGAUCCGGAGUUUCGCAAGUUUGCACGCAGCCAUCGUUCCAGCAUUUACCGGGAGAAUUUCGGGAACGAGUUAGGAUGGCGUCGUCAUCCACGUCCCCGUGCGCCGCCUGCAAGUUCCUCCGCCGCAAGUGCCAGCCCGAGUGCGUGUUUGCGCCCUACUUCCCACCAGACCAGCCACAGAAGUUUGCCAAUGUCCACAAGGUUUUCGGGGCAAGCAACGUGACGAAGCUUCUCAACGAGCUCCACCCCCACCAGCGUGAGGAUGCGGUCAAUUCACUCGCCUACGAGGCCGACAUGCGCCUGCGGGAUCCGGUCUAUGGCUGCGUUGGGGUCAUCUCCCUCCUCCAGCACCAGCUCCGCCAGCUCCAGAUGGACCUCACCUGCGCCAAGUCUGAGCUCUCCAAGUACCAGAGCCUUGGCCUCGCCGCUGGCCACGGCCUCAUCGCCGCUGCCGCGGCCGCGGCCACCACCCACAACCACCCCCAGAACCUCGGCAUCAACCUCCUCGGCCCUGCCAGCUCGCGGGACCACCAUCAUUACCACCACCAGUUCUUUCCCCGUGACCACCAGCACCAGAUGAUCCGGGGCUUCGACGCGGGCUCCAACUACGACGCAAGCCUUCUCGCCAUGAACGUCUCCGCGAGCAUCGGCCAAUUGGGCCAGUUCCACCAGCCCAGGGCUGCCGCCGGAGACGAUCGCCGGAACAUCGACCCUUCUUAGAGUACGGAGUUACAUUAUUCUCCUCCCUUUCUCAAGAAGCCUGUCGAUGGUUCUUGAUAAAUCAUCGGCAAUAGGUUCAAAGAAAACAUACCUGAUUUUGUUUACUGGUGGCAAGGUUUUGUGUGCGAGAUUUGCAUAAGAUCUUUCCUCCUCCUCCUCCUCCUCCUCCUCCUCCUCCUCUAUCUCUCUCUUUCUCUCUGUGGUCUCUCUCGUUGACCUUGCUAUUGAUGCUGUUGACACCUCAGUCGAUAUAUCUAGGGUUUCAAAGAAUUAUGUAAUUUUGGUACCCUAAUUACUUUCGGCGGACUUCUUGUUACAUCUUAAUGUUCCUAGUUUAUUUUAUUUGGACCAUAGAGUGUAAUCU